CGUGAGGCUCCGCGCGCAGUGGCGCUCAGACCCGCACGGCGACCGAACGCCAUGCCGAUGCCGCGCUAACCUGUGCUAGUGACAAGCUGUCAAGUGUCAACAUGUGGCUCUAUGGAACGUGUGUCCUCGCCAGCGUCCUGCUGGCGGCCGUGCGCUCGCAGAGCACCGAAGGGAGCAGCGAGUUCGCCCCCGUAGUGACAGCUACCUGCAAGACGGGCGUAAUGUCCGUCAAGAUUAACUUCAACCAGCCGUUCUACGGGGUUGCUCAUGCGAGAGAGUUUAGAACACCAGCAUGCAUGGCACAAGGCAACGGUUCGGAGUCCAUGAGCUUCGACGUCAGCCUGAUGGCGGCACAGGGCUCGCCGGACUAUUGCGGAGUAUUCUGGAACAACCGCACAGACGAACGUUCCCUGCCGUUCGCGGUGCGCGUGCAUCGCACUCUAGAGCUGGCUGAUGACAAAUUCUACGUCAUCACGUGCGGGAAGGCGGGCUUCAGGAACGCUAGAAACGAAACCUCACUCGUGUCCCUACGAAUGUUGAACGAAAAUGGCAAAAAGAUUAUGAACGCCGCCUACAAUAUGCCCUACACGCUGCGAGCGGAGAUGAGCAAGCCUGACGGAGCUCAUGGCAUCAAGAUGAAGAGCUGUUUCGCAUUUAACAUGAAGAACAACACAGUGGACUUGCUGGAUAAGCGAGGGUGUCCGAUAAAGCAGCAGUCAGUAGUGGUGCGGUCGGAGAGCGGCGCGGCCGAACUCUUCAUACCCGCCAUGUUCCGCUUCCCCGACUCCUCGCAGAUCAACUUCCAGUGCGACAUCUCCAUCUGCAAAGGAAGUUGCCCAGUGCAGGACUGCGCCGUGGACGACGGCGUUGGCGUAGUAGGUGAAGAGGAGACCACGGUCACUGCCUCCACGGGGGUUUUCGUGUUAGAUCCUAAUGAUAGUGCAGUUGCAGCGUUGAGCUGCUCCGAAGGCGGCAUCCACCCGCCGUGGCUGCUGUACCUGGCCAUCGCGCUCGGAGUCAUGUUCCUCGUGAUGCUGCUCAUCAACUGCUUCCUCUGCACCGCCAUGACGUGCUCCUGCGCCAGGACUGACGUGAUCGAGAAGGACCCGUCAGUGGUGGAGGACUACGAUCCGUACCGCAGCUGGCACGGCAGCCAGUACGGCAGCAGGUACCCCUCGUCCACCAUACACUCCGCGAGGUCUGUCUCGGAUAACAGCGACCACUACGCGAUAGUGCAAUCCCGGCCUGGCAGCCGGCACUCCGGCAUGCAUCGGAAUAGGCAUUAAAAGAAUCUGAUACGGAAAUCUCGAGUGGAUCGUAGCAAGUUGAUGAAGAAACUAAAGAUACAAAAGAUGUAUUAUAAUUGGAUUUUUAGGGAACCAUUGCCUAAUUCAUAGAAAAAUGUUAAAAAUAUUAAACAUAAGUUAAAUCCACUUCCAAACUUCGAGAUAUGAAUCAUUAACAAGAGAUAUGUUAAAAAUACGAGUGGUGCUUUGAAUAAUAUUCACAAAUUUUAACAUAACAGUAUUUAGACCUUAGUCUGUAACGUUACCUAAGCUAGAACAUAAAGGUACUUCCGUAUGUUCAAAUGAAUUUAUCUUGUGCCAUUUGUUUCCACGUACCUUGAAGGACUAACGAUAUUUGGUACAUAAUGAUUAAUGACCGCAAUAAUUCGAAUUUAAUACGCAAUUUGAUACAACGAAUCCGUCCAAAAUUAUCUCAUAGAGUUAAAAUAAAUUAAUGUAUUGUAUGGUUGUACUUAGAAUAAGAGAUUGAGAAAUACACCAGUAUAGGAAAUAAAUGUAAUUAUUAGGAUUAAUCUAGUAUAAAGACGCGCGCCUAAUAGGCGUGGGUUAAAACUGUACCACAUCAUACACUGUGAAUUAUAGUGUUAAUUUACAUGAGUAGUUAGUACUUCCUCAGCUACCUAGGAUAUUUAAUGUGUCGUAGUUAUAGUUAUAGUAUUGCCUGUCAGAAUGUGUAACUAUGUCGUAAGCGAGUGAUAUUAGCUAUAUGGCAACAUCUCUUUCUGAUUUUGUGACUUAUAAUUUCAAAGACUUACCUCUAACAGUUUGUAAACUUUCAGUUUUUUUUUUUACUUUUGCCAACAGUUAGGUAGUAUAUUUAAGAUUCAAAACUUGGCUUCUCUAGUUUAGAGUAGAAACAAAGUUAGCACCUCUUAAAUUCAUACGAGAACCUUUUUUUGUACAAAGUAUUUGAAACUAUACCUUUAUGUUAUGAUUUUAAGAGUUACAAAAUUGGAAAGAGACUUGAACAAUGAAUAGCGAUGUGCUCAUUCCGUCUUCCCGAGUAAAUGGAACUUUAAUGAAUAAUGAUUGAAUCUCGUUUAAUGUGUGCUAUGUGUUUGUGAUAAACCAAGAGAGAGUGACAAUAAAAUUUCAUAACACU